AUGCGGUGCGGAAUAGAUGUUUGUGGAGAUUUACUUAAAAGAAGCAACAGUUCCAGCGCUAGUACGUACUCUGGAGUUAACAAUUUCAGAGCACUUCAGUCGAAAUAUAAGAGUCCUCACGAUCUAAGGUUGAGCAGCGACUACAACAUUCUGAGGGAUUUACAGAGGAGAAAUGAGGUUCCAAAAACUCACCACAACAGCGCCGAACUGUCUUCGAGGUCGUCGCACAGUUCAUACUACGACGAAGUUUCAUCGACUGUUGAAGACAUAUCACCUCUAAUCCCGCAAUCCAGCGUCCACAACAGAGAAUCUUACAAAAACUACGCCGCAAUAUCGACAGACUCCAUUGGAGAAUCGACCAUCCAACAAAUUCAUCCCACUCCUCCUCAAGUCGACCUUGACAGCUUAUCCGUAGCCGGAGAUGACGACACAUCCAUCCCUCGCAUCUCCAAAAUGAACGACCCCGACUAUAAGAAGAACAAGCCCGUAAAACCUCAAACCAUCGUUAAGCCUUGCACGAAGUCUGAAAACAAAAUUAUAGAGAGCCUGAUCCAGAUGAGCCAAAAUAUGUCGGUUUUGCAGGGGCAAAAAAAUAAAUCCAACAGCAAACACAAACCAAAAUUAAAAUUAGAAAAAAAGAAAUUUUCUGAAGAAUCUAAGUCCAGUCAACCGUACAAAUCAACGUUAACAGAAGAAAAAACUUACAGUGAGUUAAUUGACAGAGACAUCAAAUCCAGAUUUCUAAUUGAUCCUUCGAGAAUAACGUCCAGACACCACCACAGUUCCAUAUCGGACUCAGAGAACCCGCUGACACACAUUGAUAAAUCAGUAUUGCACGAAGGCAUGGUCAUGUCGAGGUCGGAUGGAUCUGAAGUGCCACACGUUGAAAAUCAACUUAAAUUUUACUCCAACAAACCCAAGUCAAAUUCGUGUGAAGGAACAAUAUCGCAAAGAUCAUGUAAUAAAACUUUAUUUGGCAAUAUUGACUUGCGACCGAUGAUUACAACGAGUAGUCAAUCCUUACCGACGCCGACGUCCCUAGAGUGUCGCAGCAACCUGAUGCUACACAGACAAGCAUCCACACCGCUUCCGAACUUUUCAACGGAAUUAUCAGUUAGUGAUUCGUCAGAUCACGGCCCUCCGUUACCCGCCAAAACUGGUAGCCGCUCUAAUUUAUCAUCGCCCUUGUACAGUUUAGACGAACUGUUUUCGAGCAUAAAAAGAUCGACGAGGAACGACCCCUUCUGUUCCUUAUCUCCUCCGCCUCCAACACCGCCGCAAAGAACUUUACACGCCAAACUAUCGCAACCGCUACAAAAUAAUUUAUCAUCUCAGGCACACAUUUACAAUCCAAACAAACACAACCAUCCCAACUCGCAUACAAUUUUAGAAAUUCCUGCCUGUCAUCCUGAAAUUCGCAGCAAUGUCACACCGCAGUUACCGGCCAGACAAAUCGUCGGUAAUAUUUCUAAUGAAAACCCUCCAUUGCCGCCAAAAAGUAAGCAUACGACAUCGCUAGCACAUAAGCAUUCGACUUUAAACGGUGUCGAAAGGUUACACAGAGAAGAAGAGGACAUAGUCGAGGAGACGUCAGAAGUGGCUUCUGAUUCGUCUACUUUCAAUCCUAGUAAAGACUCGGUAGGUCCUGAAGGCUGUCCCGACAAUUGCUUGUGGAAGCAAUCAUUCCCUGCAGAAAGUGAAUCCAGAAAUGCAUUACCGUCAACAAAGUCGUCCCGGAAUGUAGCGCUAAAUAUUUACGACACGUCGAACGCCACGCACGACACCUGUCUACAAACGAUCUUUGAUGAAGAAAUCAUCAAGGAGGUCAACAAACCAACGCCAGGUCGAUACGAUACUUCUGAUUCUGUCGUCUAUGAGGAAGUCCCCAAUUUCGCUGACAGCAGAAUGAAAUACAAGAGGCGAUUUGUGUUUAUCCAACAAUUCUUCAUCGAGGUAAUAUUGUUCUCAAUCUCUUGUUCAAAAUUCACACGUUUUAACGGCCAUGAUGGCCAAAAAUUUUUCACCCAUGAGAAACAACAAUUCAUUGCUCUGGAGUCUACAAAUGGAGAUGGCUUUUAUGGAAAUUGCAAUAUUUGGCUAUUCGGCUUUUUUGAAAUGUCUAAAAAUAUAAAAAAAACUUCCGGUAUUAAUGAUAAAAAUCUCUCAUUUCCAUUUUUUACAAACCCAAGAUACCUUUCUCUCAAAAAUUUUGUUGCUUAUCAUAUAGUCAAUGGUAUGAUUCUCUGUUGUGGAAUUGGAGGUGUCCUAUGUCCUAAACAGUCGAUGAAACUUCGUAGCGGUAUGAACUGUGGGACGGCUUCGAAGACAGCUUAA